UAUUUGAUUGUUUUGAACUUGUCGUCUGCCCAAGCCACCAAGAACUGCAUUACGUUGAAAGGAUCCGCACAGAUUAUCGUGGAGUAUUUAAAGUACGGAAUCCACUCGAUUUUGUUCCAACGCGGCAUUUACCCGGCGGAAAACUUCGACAGCACCCAGCAAUAUGGCUUGACCAUUCUAAUGUCCAAGGACCCAAAGAUUACCACUUUCCUGCAGAACGUCCUCAGCCAAACCGAAGAAUGGCUCUCCAAGAACAUGAUCAACAAAAUCUCAAUGGUCAUCACGAAUGCCCAUAGCAAGGAGGUGCUCGAGUGCUGGGACUUCAAAAUGCAGGCCGAGAUGGGGGAUAACCAGGCCGCCGAUCCCACCCAGAGAACGUCCAGUAAGGACCAGACUCGCAUUCAAAACGAAAUUCGUGACGUGAUGCGUCAGAUUUCGGCCACGGUCAGUUACUUGCCGCUGCUGGACUGCAUCUGCACCUUCGAUGUGAUGAUCCACACGCUGGAGAACACCCAGCUCCCCGCCAAAUGGGACGAGACUGGAGCCAUUGUCAUCCAGAAUGCGCAGGCAGUUCAGCUGCGCUCCUUCUCAACGGGCCUCCAUAAGGUGGAGACAGUGGUAAACUACAAGAUGAGCACCUAGCUCCGUGAUUGCUUUAAAUAUUUAUUCAUGCUCAUGCUAUAUAUUUACACAUUAAGUUAACCGAUUAACGAUUUUGAGAGUUGCAUUAAAAGCCAGUUGUGAAAGAAUUUUUGGUAAU